GCUGCCAACCCGCUCUCGGGUGGCCCCCGGCCCUCGCUACUCUCGGCGCAGGCGCGGGCGGCCCAUACGUCACUGGCACGCGCCAGGACAGAGGGAGGACCCCGAGCGCGACGGGGAGCUGGAGAAACGAAAGUGAGCGGAGCGGAGUCGGCCUGGUUCUCUCGCCGCCGCUGCCGCCUGCGGGCCAUGGUGCCGGCCUGAGACCCCGCCCCAUAAAAAUGAAGAGACGAGCAGAGCCCGAAUUUAACAGCAACCAGAAGCAGAAAAAGAGGGCAGAAGAUCUGGGACUGAACCUCAGUUCCACUUCCGAUGAUGAGCCUCCAUGUAGUAAUCAUGCAACUCAAGAAUCUUCCAGUAGCGGCAGUGGGUCUGACAGUGAGAGCGAUGAGAGGCGACCAGUCUUCGGCUCUGGCAGCAAUGAGUUCAAAGCAGACUCUCUUGUGGAGGGCACCUCCUCCCGCUACUCCAUGUAUAACAGCGUUUCCCAAAAGCUCAUGGCCAAGAUGGGCUUCCGGGAAGGAGAAGGUCUGGGGAAAUACAACCAGGGAAGGAAGGAUAUCGUUGAGGCCUCCAAUCAGAAGGGAAGAAGAGGCUUGGGACUGACCCUGAAAGGGUUUGAUGGGGAUCUGAACAUUGACUGGCGGGACGAGCCAGAGCCCAGUGCCUAUGAACAGGUGGACUGGUUCCCAGAAUGCACCACUGAAAUCCCCGAUGCACAGGAGAUGAAGGAGUGGAUGACCGUGGGGAAGAGGAAGCUGGUAAUUGAAGAUGAAACGGAAUUCUGCCGAGAAGAGUUUCUGCAUAGUGUCCUGCAGUGCAAGAGCGUGUUUGAUGAGCUGGACGGAGAGGAGAUGCGCCGAGCCCGGACAAGGUCCAACCCCUACGAGAUGAUCCGGGGAGUCUUCUUCCUGAACAGAGCUGCGAUGAAGAUGGCAAACAUAGACUAUGUCUUCGACCACAUGUUCACAAACCCGAAGGACUCUCAUGGGAAGCCCCUAAUCAAGGAGCGGGACGCAGAGCUGCUUUACUUUGCUGAUGUGUGUGCUGGCCCUGGUGGCUUCUCAGAGUACGUUCUCUGGAGGAAGAAGUGGCACGCGAAAGGGUUCGGCAUGACCUUGAAAGGACCAAAUGACUUUAAACUGGAGGAUUUCUAUUCUGCCUCCAGCGAGCUCUUUGAGCCUUAUUACGGAGAGGGCGGGAUUGAUGGAGAUGGAGAUAUCACCCGCCCAGAGAACAUCACUGCUUUCCGGAAUUUUGUUUUGGACAACACUGAUCGCAAGGGGGUGCAUUUCUUAAUGGCGGAUGGGGGUUUCUCUGUGGAGGGUCAGGAGAACCUGCAGGAAAUUCUAAGCAAACAGCUGAUGCUUUGCCAGUUCCUUACAGGACUCUCUAUUGUCCGGACAGGAGGACAUUUUGUCUGCAAAACCUUCGACCUGUUCACGCCAUUCAGCGUGGGACUUAUAUAUUUGCUGUACUGCUGCUUCGAGCGAGUGAGUCUCUUUAAACCUGUGACGAGCCGUCCUGCGAACUCAGAGAGGUACGUGGUGUGUAGAGGGCUAAAGUCAGGCAUUGACGACGUGCGGGAAUAUCUCUUCAUGGUGAACAUCAAACUCAACCAGCUGCGCAACUCUGAUCUGGAUGUAAAUCUUGUCGUCCCCCUAGAAGUGAUCAAGGGCGACCAUGAGUUCUAUGACUACAUGGUCCGAUCGAAUGAAAGCCACUGUAAAGUUCAGAUCAAAGCAUUAGCCAAAAUCCACGCCUUUGUUCAAGACACGACCCUGAGUGAGCCGCGGCAGGCUGACAUCCGAAAGGAAUGCCUCCGGCUGUGGGGGAUUCCAGAUCAGGCCCGAGUUGCUCCAUCCUCCUCUGAUCCCAGGUCCAAGUUCUUUGAGCUCAUCCAGGGAACAGACAUCGAUAUCUUUAGUUUUAAACCAACACCACUCAACUCAAAAACCCUGGAGAAGAUCCGCCACGUCUUAGAUUACAGAUGUAUGGUGUCUGGAAGUGAACAGAAGUUCCUGCUAGGGUUAGGGAAGUCCCAGAUCUACACGUGGGAUGGUCGCCAGUCAGAUCGCUGGAUGAAACUGGACUUGAAAACUGAGCUGCCACGGGCUACCCUUCUCUCUGUGGAGAUUGUUCAUGAGUUGAAAGGAGAGGGGAAAGCCCAGCGAAAAAUCAAGGCUAUCCAUAUCCUGGAUGUCUUGGUGCUGAAUGGCAAUGACGUCCGAGAGCAGCACUUUAACCAGCGGAUUCAGCUAGCGGAGAAGUUUGUGAAAGCCGUUUCUAAACCUAGCCGGCCGGAUAUGAACCCCAUCCGGGUGAAGGAAGUGUACAGACUGGAGGAGAUGGAAAAGAUUUUUGUAAGGUUAGAGAUGAAGAUCAUCAAGAGCUCAGGUGGAAUACCACGGCUGUCCUACACGGGCCGGGACGACCGGCACUUUGUGCCCACUGGACUCUACAUCGUCAGGACUGUGAAUGAUCCUUGGACGAUGGCGUUCAGCAAAAACUCCAAGAGGAAAUUUUUCUUUAACAAGACGACCCAGGAGUCGACGUACGACCUUCCUCAAGAAUCCAUCGCACCAUUUCACAUCUGCUACUUCAGCCGUCUCUUCUGGGAGUGGGGGGAAGGUGUCAAAGUGCACGACUCCCAGAAAAGGCAAGAUGCGGAGAAGCUGUCGAAGGAGGAAGUCCUGUCCUUCAUCCAGGCACACUACCCCUGACCCCCAGCUUGGACUCUUCGGGGACUGACUGGAGUGGGGAGACUGAGACAGGAGAAGGGAGUCUUCCAUCCAGGAGCUGCAGGCCUUCUGUGGAGGAGAACAGAUUCCUGGGGGGCGGGGGGUGGGGUUUGGUGCUCAGAAGAAGCGCGACAAAGCUCCAGCCUGUGAGUAGCAGUGUAUAUAAGUAUCUGGCCCAGGCAGCACCGGCUGUAGGUACGUCGGAGGUGGGAUGCCUGGAGCUGAGGUCCGAUGCUCUUCUGUACUAUUCCACUGCACUCCUGGGGAUGAGGGUCUGGCGGCUUUCCCCACUAGUGCUCCAAACUACAGCCAAGUGUCUGCCUCUGGGUUCCCCUCCUGCGUGUGCCGGAGCGAUCAGGAGGCUGUGUAUGGUUCCCUGGCAGCACCAGGAGGAAAAGAGGGUGGUCACAGGACUGCAGGGAGGAAUGAGCUGGGGAGAGUGAAUUUAAAUGGCCUUGCAAUGCUCCCAGCAGCCACCUCUGUCUCCUUUGGCUCGAGCCGAUGGGCCUUUGCUGAACGCUGGGUGACUCAUCGGGAAAUGCAGGCUCUUGGCAUCCGAGGAUGGUCACUUUUUGCUAGUGGCUCCAGCACUUCUGCUCCAGAGGCACUUGGCAGGUUGUCGGGAGUUCCUGGGUGCUAGCAUCUCGGUGGAAGGAAGCCAGUCCUCGUGGCAGGAGGUCGCUAACUCCAAGCCAGCAGCCUAGGUGUGAGCUCAUGAAUCUGCCCUCGGACAAUGCUGAGAUGUUUUGCUUUUUUCAGUGCUCAAAACCAUCCUCAGUUUCCCUCUAACAUUGCCCCUCCCUGUGUGUUCAGGGAUGAAAGCGAAAGGGGGAAGGCUGCAGGCCUUCAGGUGUAGGAGUUAAUCAGAGGAGAUUGUGGAAGUCUUAUGGGAAGGAGACCUUGACUCUGACCAUGCUGGUUAGUCAAAAGAAAUCCAAUCCCAUGACCAGGCCCGUUGUAGGGGAAACCCACCUUUCCUGGUUAACUUGCAAAACAGGCUUUAAAACCCCCUGUGUCUGGUCCAUACCUGGAGCCAUGUCAGUAGCAAAGGCACAAACCCGGGACUCUCUAGCAUGGCAAGCAGGACAUUUGUGUUUCAGCAGAUUGCAGUCUGAAAUCAUGACUCAUUUCUGUGCUGGGCCCUCCAUGCGUCAUGUACACAAAGCCACCCCAAAGAGCAGGGCUGCCCUCAUUGCCUGUUUUAACUUCAUGCUGGGCUUCAGAAACGCCUCUGGCCUGGUCUCCCACAUGGAUCAGAAGUUAAUAGGCGGUUGGCUCGUCCGGUCCGUGCAGCAAAGUCACUUAUUUUUUCUUACACAGGUUGGCAAUAAGGGAAAAGCUGACGGGGGGGUUACCUGGACCGUGCCUUAAAGAAAGCUGUGGGUCUCCUGGAAACCAGAGGCAGCCUUUCAGAUUCUCAUCCCCCCUCCAUCCUCCCCAUGCCAAUGCAGGCUGUGAGUGCGUCUGUAUCAUAUGGAGAGUUCAGCUCUGGCAGAAGUAUAAGUUCGUGGGUGAGAUUCAUCUCGCAGCCAGGGGCAGCGCAAGGACUGGGCUUCACUUAAGUCACACUUAAGAUCUGUGAUCCUCAUAGGGCUCAAGUGACACACGGGGUGACUUUCACCCUGAGCUCAUAGGCCUUGCUUUCCGAGCUCACAGCCUUCCAUGCCUGCAUGGUCACUUGGUGGCCAGGCAUCUGUUUGUUAAUCCUCCAAUUGCUUGGUGUGAAUGAGUUUAACCAUUGGUGGUUUCUGUGCUCUGCCUUGUAACCUGGAUCCGCACGUUCAGGCUUGAUGACUGCAGAACGGGGAUUGUCACAGCUCGCCCAGCCUUGGGCUAAUGCUGCUCGUGGGCCAUCAUUGCACGGGGUGACUAAGCUCUCAGCUUUGGAGGGUGGUGGGAGCCCAUGUUGUACUUGGGUAUCCCCUAUUGGGCCCAGAAGAGCCCUUCUGCUCCGGUGUAUUUAGUUUACUGCCUCCUGCAAGCUCAGGGUGAGUGGCCUUUCCAGAAAGGUGGCUGAGGACGAGUCAGACCUUUCCCUGUGCCCUGUAGCAGCCAAGGGGAAGGUUUGCCAAUCCAUCCAGGAGCAGGAUGUGGCUCUGACUCAAAUCUCUUAGCAGAAUUUAGUCCCAGGUGCUCCAAAGCCUUGGCAGAACGUGGUCCCUGGCCUAAGCGCAGCCCUUCUGGAGAGGGCAGCAGACCCCUGUGCAGUUAAUUAUUGGCUACUUUAUAUUUAUUGAAGGCCCCUCCAUGAGGAGCAGUGAGGAGGUUCUGCAGGUGGGGAAGAUGGUGCCUCCGGCAGCUUCACUUCAGAGCCUUCACACUGGUGGCUUUUAAAACCAUUUAUUUAAGUGUCGGUGCUUCUGCUGAUUUCCCCAACCCCCCCCCCCCCCCCCGAUGCAGCCAUGAUGCCAGCAAGAAGCCAACAGGCCUGUUCCUUUUCCUAUGGCCCUUUACUGUGUCUUCUGCACCCUCAAGGGUGUAUCCCCCACUAAGGGCCUUAGCCCCUCCCUGUUUGUGGGGAUGGAGAUGUCCCGCAGGGAAUACACCAUGGAUAAUCUAGGCCUCCAUUAGCCUUUACCUGGUACUGAAAACCCAGGGUGCAGAAGAAACCCAGUUGCUUGCAGGCGGUUUGAGAGCUGUUGCCUGCUUUCCCCAUUGCCCCCGUUUCCUUUGCUUUUAGUCGAUUGUGUCUUUUACAAGGAGAUGUAUUUUUUGGAUGCACUGAACCACACCUCCCACCCUCUUGUGGGAGGGCAGCACCAGCACCUCACUACUGCUUCCCUGCUGCAGGGAAAAGGUUUUAUCCCUCUUCCCUCUCUGGCUCAAGACUCUCCUAGCCCCAUUGCUCCUCCGGGCUUGGGAACCCGUGGCUUGCUUUGAAAUGCUCUAAAGGAACUGAUCGGAGUUGACAGGCCAAGAACCCAGAGGACAAAGCCCUGUACGUACCCUGCUUUGUGUGCGUCAGAGCUGCUCAGCCCGAGGGGGGGGGGCGGAAGGGGGCUCAGUCUGAUCAUGUGGGGCAGGGAAUGGCUUCGUAUCAAAGGGAUGGUAGAAACUUGGGCUAGGGGCUGACCCAAGUUGCGCUCUCCCGCUGGCUCCAGGGGGAGGAGGAGGAAUGUCUUGCUGUUUGUCUGUUGAUUGCACAAUGUAUUGUAUUCGGCUGUGUAUCAUUUUGUGUUGAUUUCUCUGCUUUCAUUGUCUGUGUAUUACCAGUACAGCUCUUCAGUUCACAAAAGUGUUCAUGCUCUUUGGUCUCUGUUACCUAAAACCAUGGGGAAACCACCACUCUCAGCGCAAAACUGGGGCAGGGGGGGUGGGAGGAGAGACACAGACUGUGCAUGGCCCAGGGACUCCUUGUGCACCAUCCAUUCUACCCCACAAGUCACCUGUGCGCCACCCUCCCAUACCCCUCUAUAUCAGGGACUUGCUGUAACCCACCCCUUAUUACCCCCAUGCCAGGUGCUCUGUGUGCCCCCUCCAGGGUGGUGGUGUUUUUAAAAGGUAGUGGGGGGGCUCGGCAGAGCUCAAAUGAGGGAUGUGUUAAUAGCUGCCAUCAACCAGUUCUUUGAUCUAUAGACCGUUGCAGGUAAUUGAAGCUGGUAGUUCUGCUA